AUGACAAGUAUUCAUCCAUUUGAUUCUGUAAAAGAUUUUGAAAUUAGACUUGCCUCAAAAUUGGUCAAAGAUGCUUACCCAGCAUCUGCAAAUGUUCAUUUUGUUCAGAUCGACAGAGUCGAUCCACCAAAGAAGGACAUGAUUAAAUACUUAGAUGCAGAAAAAUUAGGAGAAACCCCACAGGCUAUUCCAAGAGUCUUAUACACUUACUAUUAUACCAACACAUUAACUUUCAAUAAGGCAUUGGUCAAUGUUACUGCGGGUCAUAUUAUUACCAAGACUCAAUUACCACAUGGUACUGUGGGUCCAUAUUUACCAGAUGAUAUGAUGGAAUGGGAAAAACUCUGUACCAAUCAUCCUCUAGUAAAGGCGGAGAUCGAAAAAUUGAAGUUACCACCAGGCUACACAGUCAGAAAUGACCCAUGGAUCUAUGCCACUGAUGAUCCAAAUGAAAGAAGACCGUUGGUUCAAUUUUUCAUGUACGUUUUGGCUGGAAACGGACAUACUGAAUCCAAUCAUUACUCCUUACCUUUAAAGUUUUCACCGGUAUUCGAAGCUUUCACCAAUAAGUUUAUUAGAAUAGAUUACUUACCUGGUGGAUUUGAUGAAACCAUCACUCCAACAAUGCCAUGGAAGGAAGUUCCCUGUGUUGAGUAUCAUCCUGAUUUGAAUAACGAAGUCAAUAUGAGGGAUGUUAAGCCAUUGUUGAUUUCUCAACCUGAAGGUCCAUCAUUCUCAGUCAAUGGCUCCAAGGUUAAAUGGCAAGGUUGGGAGUUCAGAGUGGCUACCAGCGCUAGAGAAGGAUUUGCUAUUUAUGAUGCUUCGUUCAAAGGUAGACAAGCAUUUUACCGUAUUUCAUUAUCAGAAAUGACUGUUCCAUACGGUGACCCAAGAGCUCCGUACCAUAGAAAACAGGCUUUUGAUUUAGGUGACUGUGGAUUCGGGGUUAAUGGUAACCACUUGAGUUUAGGUUGUGAUUGUCUUGGUGUUAUCAAAUAUAUGGACGGUGUUGGUAUUCAUGCCAAUGGUGAGCCAUUUGUUGUUCCAAACACUGUCUGUAUGCAUGAACAGGAUAACGGGUUAUUAUACAAGCACGUCAAUUAUAGAACCAAUAAUGCUGUUGUUGCUAGACGUCGUGAAUUCAUUGUACAAACUAUUGCCACUGUUGCUAACUACGAAUACAUUAUCAACGUCAAAUUCAUCACUGAUGGUUCCAUCAAUAUUGAGACAAGAGCUACAGGUAUCUUGUCAACCAUGCCUAUUGACGAAAACGUCAAGGUUCCUUGGGGCACUAUCGUCGGCCAUAACGUUAUGGCCGCAUACCAUCAACAUAUCUUGUCAUUCCGUAUUGACCCCUCUAUUGAUGGCCACAAAAAUUCGGUUGUUUAUGAUGAUGUUGUAAAAUUACCAAAAGACAAGUUGAACCCAUAUGGCGUUGGUUUUAUCACUGAACGUAAGUUCGUCGACAGAUCCGGUCAUAUCGACCAGUCGCCAUUUACCAACAGAUCUUACAAAAUCAUUAAUGAAAACAAAAUUAACCCAAUUUCCAAGACCCCUGUGGGCUACAAGGUGGUUAUGCCUGCCAGACAAAUGAUAUUGGCCGACGACGACUCGUUCAACGUCAAGAGAGCAAAAUUUGCGACAGAACAAGUGUGGGUUACUAAAUAUAGAGAUCACGAACUAUUCGCAGCCGGUGAAUUUACCAACCAAUCUCAACGCGACGAAGGUUUAGGUACUUGGGCUAACGGAGUUGAUCCCGUCAGAAACGAAGACUUGGUUGUCUGGGCUACAGUGGGCUUCACUCACAUUCCUCGAGUCGAAGAUUUCCCAGUCAUGCCCGUGGAAAUUCACAAUAUUGAAUUGGUUCCAUUUAACUUCUACGAUAAGAACCCUGCCUUAGACAUUCCACAAGCAAAUAACACUUUCAACAAAUCCGUAUUGUCUGAUUCUAAUACUGCUGAAAAGGCUUGUUGUAAGACAAAGAUAUGA